AUGGAGGUGAUUGGUUUUACGGCAGAAACAGAAGUUGCGUUUUCAGAGACGGAGAUGGAAGCGGCGGAGCAGCUAGUGCAGUUGAGCGAAGAUGAUACGUUGAGUUGUUGCAGCGGUACAAGCUGGAGCAUCAGCGAAGGCGGAAGCAAUGCGAAGAGACAUGAAAAUGUUGUUAAUUCGGAGAGUUAUGAUAUGGUCGGAAAUAAGCAAAACGACGGCAUACGGACGAUGCAUAAGAAUGUUACGGACGGACAAAGUUUUGUGACGGCAAUCAAAGAAACCAACAUCAUCAUAAGGAGAAAUAAGAAAAAGAAGUUUCGGUCUCUCGCGAGUAUUUACAGAGCGACGAAUGAGAUGAGCUAUUCGUAUGUGAUAUGA